GUUUCAGAAACACUGCGUCACACUUUAGCCUUUCUUUCUCCUCAAAUUGAAACCAAAAUUUUGAGUGAUAUGAUUUUUGGAGUCAAGAAUUCGAUUUAACCCUAAUUCAAAUUCAAUUAUCAGGUUUUAGAUUAACAUCCUGUCGACCUUUUCUAGGGAACAUAUGUAUAAAUUCGUAUAGAAGAACGGUUCAAUGGAUAUUGCUUCUAAGAAAUGUAAGAAAAGAAGCCAAAGGGCCUCUGCUAAUAGAGUAAGAAAGAGAGUGAAAUGUAGAAUUGACUAUAUUUCUGACAUGCCGGAUCAUGUGCUUCAUCAAGUUCUUUAUCACCUACAUCCUAAGGAUGCUGCUCGAACUUGCAUCCUGUCUAAGAGAUGGAGGCAAGUAUGGAAUUCAUAUCAUACUGUGGAUAUUGACCUGUGUAGCUUCGACAAGGUGAAGAAAAGUAUAAAGUUAAGAUACAAAGAUCAAAUGAUUAAUCGGCUGCAUGAUGAACAAUUGCUUAGUAUUCACAAGUUCAGGUUGUGCUUUCCUUAUUCAUUAUGGAAGUGGGAUGGAAGGAUUUCUGAUGUAAGUGAUUGGAUUGUUUCUGCUAUUGCGAGGAAUGUUAGAGAACUUGAAGUCCACGCUAAAUUAAGGCAUCCGCAAGUACCACGGUACACUUUGCCUCCGUGUGUCAUGAUUGGAAGUUCCAUUACUGCAUUAAGCUUAUGUGGUUGUCGUAUACCUGCCGAUUCAGUAAAUCUUCCGCACCUCCAGAAGCUGUCAUUUAAGAAUAUGAAAGUCUCCCUGCUGCAGUUUGAAAAUCUGAUCUCUGGCUCCCCUAUGAUUGAGGACUUAAGGUUAAUAGAGAUACAAUGCUCUGAAUCGAACAAACUGUCUAUCUGCUCCCUAGACAAGCUGAGGCGAGUUGAUGUGCACAAGUGUAUUCCACUUGAUAGUAUUGUUAUUGAGGCUCAUUGGCUUGAGACUUUUUGGUAUUACAGUAAGAAAAAAAUAUUCUGUAAAAUUGACUUAUCAGCAUGUAGGGCUCUUAAGGAGCUGAUAUUGGAAUAUCCCAGAAUGACAGAUAAGAUGUUUCGUGAUCAAAUUGUGAAAUUUCCUAAGCUUGAGAAGUUGGUUCUCAGCAGGUGCAAUAUGUUAAAGAACAUCCGCGUCUCUGGAGACAAGUUGAGGAAGCUAGUGAUUAGAAGAUGUCGGAAAUUAGAAGAGGCAAUCAUAACUUCUCCAAACAUAACCACACUUGAGUAUCGUGGUAAAAUGAUGCCAAUUUCAUUCCUUACUUGUUUAAGUCUAAACGAAGCUGUACUUACCUUUGACCCAUCAUCGAAUGCUACCAGUAAAUGGGAUGUUGGAGGAAAUGAUGCAUCUAGACUAUACAAAUUCCUUGAUGAUAUUGAUCGUUACAAAAGGUUAAAAUUGAUGACCCUUGACAAACAGGGUGUUAUCAUUUAUGAAGACAUCAGGGCUAUGGUUCUUCCUUUGCGCCACAUAUCUAAGCCACAUGCAGUGAGAAUAUCUACUCGAUUUCGGGAUCUACUUGAUGCUGCUUUAAAGACGUUGCCUAUUCCAUCCACUCUAUCUAUAAUGUCCCACAACACCAGUGACUUUCCUGAGAUCAUAUACGAAGAGUUAGACAAACAAAAAGCAAAUCCUGAGUGUUGUGUAUUCUUCAAGAACAAAUGCUGGCGGCAUUACUUGAAAAAUAUCUCAGUUGAGAAUUGGAUAUUUCAGUCAAGUGGAUGGUCUAAAGCUUCUGCAUCUCUUGAAUGGCAGAAAACAACCUUUGUGCUAGAUUGGAGCAAGUGAACACACGCAAGAUCGGAAACUCGUAAGGUUUCAUAGAGUUGGCAAAUCAAGUUUUUAUGAAUUCUAUAGAAAUAGUAAGGAGUAGAUUUAGAAUUUAGUCCACUUUAGAGCAUCACACCCGUGGUAUACUUUUAUACCACGGUGUAAAUAUU